ACUGUUGUAAAUAAUUAAAUAAAUAUUAAAGAUUCAAGAUUCAUCAAUUAAACAAUCAACGGUUAUAUCAUAUAUCAAAAUUUUUUGUUUUUUGGUCGUUAAAUCAAAUUUAAUAACAUGGAGAUAAACCAAGGUGCUAGUGCUAGUGAUCAAUAUUGUAAAAUAGAAGUAUAGAAGACUCCUGCUUAGAUGCCUUCAAAAUUGAGAUCAAGGAAGAACCCAAGACAGAAACGGCAUACCAGGCAUUUGAUUGUUUAGACCUAAACUCAUUUCCUGUAAACUCUAAAGUAGAACAAGAACAAGAUGAAUAUAAAUUUACACCAUUUGAAGAAAAGCAAACAACAAAUGAAGAAAAUUGUCCCCAGGUGGAGAAUAAAGGAAAAUGUACAGGUCAACAUGCAGAAGGAAAAAUAUUAAAUAAAGUUAUGAAAACUGGAACUGGACAGAGACGUUACAAUUGUGAAAUUUGUUUUAAGCCGUUUUCUCGAAUGGGUCUUUUGAAAACCCAUUUGAGAACACACACUGGAAGAAAACCUCUUAAGUGUGAAAUUUGUUUUAGGCAAUUUAACGAAGCAUCUAAUUUGAAAAAACAUUUGAGAGUGCACACUGGAGAAAACCCGUACAAGUGUGAAACAUGUUUUAAGCAGUUUACUAGAACAAGUGAUUUGAAAGUACAUUUGAGAGUGCACACUGGGCAAAAACCAUACAAGUGUGAAAUUUGUUUAAAGCAGUUUUCACAAAUAAGUCAUUUGAAAAUUCAUUUGAGAGUGCACACUGGGGACAAACCUUACAAGUGUGAAAUUUGUUUUAAACGGUUUAGCCAUGCAAGUUCUUUGAAGAAACAUUUGAGAGUGCACACUGGAGAAAAACCGUACAAGUGUGAAAUUUGUUGUAAGCAGUUUAACGAUGUAAGUUCUUUGAGAAAACAUUUGAGAGUGCACACUGGACAAAAACCAUACAUGUGCGAAAUUUGUUUUAAACGGUUUAGCCAUGCAAGUUCUUUGAAGAAACAUUUGAGAGUGCACACUGGAGAAAAACCCUACAACUGUGAAAUUUGUUUUAGGCAAUUUAACGAAGCAUCUAAUUUAAAAAAACAUUUGAGAGUGCACACUGGAGAAAAACCGUACAAGUGUGAAAUUUGUUUUAAGCAGUUUACCGCAGCAAGUAGUUUAAAACAACAUAAAAGCACACACACUGGAGAAAAACCAUACAAGUGUGAAAUUUGUUUUAAACAGUUUUCUCAAAAUAGUGAUUUGAAAACACAUUUGAGAGUGCACACUUGUGAAAAACCAUACAAGUGUGAAAUUUGUUUUAAACAAUUUUCUCAAAAUGGUCAUUUUAAAACACAUUUGAGAGUACACACAGGAGAAAAAUCGUAAAAGUGUGAAACUUGUUUGAAGCAGUUUUUUGCUGCAAGUAAUUUGAAAAGACAUUUACGAAUGCAACGAGAAAAACUCUACAUGUGUGAAUUUUUUUUGAACCAGUUGAAAAUACAUUUAGGUGUAACCAGUGGAGAAAAUCAAGUGUGAUUAUUGGUUUUAAGUACCUAGUUUUUUUAAGUAUAUCUAAAAGUAUUUACUACUAAAAAAAAGUUUCAGCGGAAUAAAUAUAUUUUUUCUAUAAACGUGUUAAAAAUGCAAUUUUUAACACUAUUUUAAGGCACUAUAGUUGAUUUUUUUACCAAGAGGAGUAAACUAAAAAGACAGAUUCACGCCCAAGAAAGUUACUAGAAACGUCACCAAAUUCAUCUUCUUUUUUCGUUGAUCAUAUCACCUUUCGAUGAUAAUCCAUACAUAUUAUAUUAUACUAACACAUCGCUAAAGAAUUCUAAAAACAACUGUUUUUAUAUAAAAGUAGACUAAAAAUCUAAAAAUUAAAGGAAUAAUGCAGAAAACACAAAAAAUCGCCGAUAUACUUAAUUAACCUAUAAAAUGACAGAAGUGCCAAAAUUUCAUAAAUGUGAUUAGUGUCAAAAUUUAAUAACAGUGGAGUAAACUUGGCUGCGGUUGGACCAAUUAGAAACAAGCAUUACGGCGCGGUAAAUUUGAAUCACUCCUCUUGGUUAAAAAACAAACAAUAGUGCUUUAACAUUAAUAUUAAUAGUACAACUUGCGCAAUUUGAAAAAGGUGGCUUAAAAGGUUUUUUUUAAUUUAAUUUAAAUUGCAUUAUUGCAUUUUUAACACGUUGAGUUUGUAGAAAACAACUAUUAAAAUUAAAACUAUAAAGACUAUUAGUUGUUAUGAUUUACAUAUUGACAGUAUAGUCAGUUUUGAUGUAAUUUCAAGAAAAAUAUAAAAAUGGAAUGUCAAGUCAAUUUCACGUAAAAGUUUUUGUAGGUAUUGUCCUGUAAUUGAGAAUGAAUAAAUUAUAAUUGUUGAUAUAUCAGACGUUUGUAGAAAAAAUAUUGUAUGAUAUACGUGUUAAAAAGUAAAAUUUUAAGGCACUCAUGUGAAUUGCAGAAUUCGCUUCACUCAUUCUGCAAACUUUCACAUGCGUGCCUUAAAAUUGUACUUUUAACACUUAUAAAUAACUAUUAAAUAGUUUAUUUGUAAUUUAUUCGAAUAUUACACUAAUUUUAAUACUUACUUACUACUUUUCAAAACAUUUUGUUAAAACAGUAUCAAAAAUUAAAAAAGUAGGUAAGGCAAAACAACAACAUGAAUUAUUGUACAAAUAGAUUGUACAAAUAUUCAGAUUGCUUUUUAAUCUUCUUUUCAUCAUAUUUUAAUACCUAGCGUCCUAUUCCCGACGAAAACAAAUCCAAAGACACAAAAAUUA